AUGGAAGAAGGCAAGGCUAAACAGGAGCAGGGUAUCCUUGCACUUAACGUCCAAGGAUGUAUAUACACCACGAGGCAUGCAUCUUUAUGCAUUAAGGAUCCAAUGCUGGCUUCAAUGUGUAGUGGAUGCUUUCCUUCCAAAGUGGAUGAAUCCAGGGCUUGUCUAAUUGAUUGAGAUGGAAACCUGUUUAAAUAUCUUUUAGACGAUCUUCAUGGAGAAGUUGGGAUUCCUGAAGAUUAACAAAUUUGAAUUGCAUUGCAGAAGGAAGCAGAUUAUUUUGGCAUCCCUUCUCCAUACAGCGUUCUGGCCAGUGAAUUGGAGACAUAUUCUUUAAGGUCAAAUACAGAACUUAAAAAGGCUGUUUUAGAUUUCUGUGAUUCCUAUGAUUUAGUCUGCACCAAGCCUACCAUUUGAGUCCUACACUAUCUCAAUACUUCUGGAGCAAGCUGUGAAAGUAAGAUUAUUGGUGUGUAUGCAACAAGAGCGGAUGGAACUGAUGCAGUUGAUGAGGAGCUGGGAAGGUAAAUUAAUAACAAAAGUAUUUACAAAAGAGAAGCUGGAAAUAAUAUCCAAUACAUUUGGAGCUAUUAUUUGGCUGCAGAAUUGAAAAAGAUGAUGGAUGCUUUUGAUGCCUGGGAAGGGAGAGGUGUCAGCUGCUGGAGAGUGCCCCAGGAGGUACAAUGUUGGACUCUUGAAGAACACCCUUCGAGAGGGAGUUUGCAUCACAUGCCUCCUUUGUUCAACAGAUGGUUAAUUGAUUUUACUGAAGAAGGGGAAGGCUAUUUACCCUGUAGAGCUGGUCCCAAGCCAAUGAGACCCUCAGGUCCCCCAAAAGGUGCCCAUAUCAAAGUCAAGAAUUCAUCUUCAUUAAAAGUAGCUGCUUGCAAUGCCUCAGCUUCUGGGGUAACUCUGAAAUGACUCAACAGUGAAAGCCUGGCACUGCACAGAGUAGUUUCUAGAACAGUAUCCACAGUGGGUGUCUCCGUGCCCAGCAAUUCCCAGGCAGCCGGUGGGAGGCAGAGGGCUGACAGCAGAAGGCUCUGCCGGGCCCGGAAUUGUGAGCUCUCCGCGCCUGCAAGGGCUGUGAGCGACUGCGCAGCCAAGCUGGAACGAACUCCUCUUCCUCCUGCGACGCCGUCUCCGUCAUCUUCUUCAAUCUCCAGUAUCACAAGUGGACAGAUCAGUGCUGCUGCUGAAAUUCCCAGGAGUUUUAUGGUACUAAACAUCAAAGAAACAGCUGUGUCAGCAGCUAGUAUUAAGUUUAAGAGUGUUGCAAUGGAUUGA